AUGGCUUCCACGCCGGCGGACGGAGCAGGCGAGCCGGUGGAGGCCAAGGGCAAGGGGAAGGAGGAGGGGGAGAAGAAGAAGGCGGGAGGAGGGGUGCUGGGGAGGAUGUGGCGCGGCCUCUUCGGCGGCCGCGAGGACUACGAGAAGCGCCUGCAGUACCUGUCCAAGGAGGAGGCCGCCGUGCACGCGCGGACGCGCCGCCGGACCCAGUUCUCCCGCCGCACCGUCCGCAACAUCAUCGUCCUCUCCGUCAUCGCCGAGGCUGUGGCUGUUGGUUAUGCUAUCAUGAUGACAAGAGACGAAGAUCUCACUUGGCAAAUGAGGGCAAUUCGAGUGCUGCCUAUGUUUGUUUUGCCUGCCAUAUGGUCUGUGGUAUAUUCAGCAGUCGUAAACUUCACAAGGAUGCUUGAACGGAAAGAUGAGAAAACACUUGAAAAGUUGAGAGCUGAAAGGAAAGCCAAGAUUGAUGAACUGAAAGAACGGACGAAUUAUUACCUUACCCAACAACUUAUCCAGAAAUAUGAUCUUGAUCCAGCUGCAAAAGCUGCUGCAGCUUCGGUUUUGGCAUCUAAGCUGGGAGCGGAUUCUGGCUUAAGAGUACAUCUUGGGGAAGAACCAAAUUCUGAUGCAGCAGUGGUUAUGAGCAACAAUGCUGAGAUAUUGCCAUCAGAUGGGCUGAGAAACAGGAAGCAACCCAAUGCAAGAGGCAGCAGGACUGGUAGCACUACAGCUGCUCAUACUUCGGCACAAGGUGCUGAAUCUAGCCCAGCUCUUAAUGCUGGCCUGGAAAACGUACAGCUUACAAGGGCUGUAGAACAUUAUCAAGGCUCUGGGGCAAGUGAUGGUGGAUGGAUUGCAAAAAUCGCUGCCUUACUUGUUGGGGAGGACCCGUCACAGUCGUACGCUUUGAUCUGCGGCAAUUGCCAUAUGCAUAAUGGCUUGGCCCGGAAGGAAGAUUACCCACACAUUACAUACUAUUGCCCACAUUGUCAUGCUCUAAACACAUCAAAGAACUCGAUGGGGCAAUACUCAGGCUCCAACUCAGGCCCAUCGACCCCAGUUGCUCCUGCUGAUGUGAUAUCUGCUGCCAGCUCAGUAGUAGAGAGUGAAUUGAUUAACUUGGCUACAGUGCAGGAGUUGCCAAAGGAAGAACACGCGGAGAAGGAAGUGGAGGCAAGUUGA